UCAGGAUGGAAAAGCUGCUGUUACUUUCAGAACAACGUUUUCAUACUACUGUUUUUCCAAUUCUACAAUGGUUGGAGUGCGUCGUUCACCACUGACCCGGUCUAUUCAAUUUUGUACCCUAUCAUAUUUUCAAGGGGAAUGGACAUUUGUGGUCGGUUCCAAACUACAAUAAAUAUUUGUUUUAGUCUCCAACCGAUCAUCGUAGGUGUGAUCGACCAGGAUGCACCGGCCGAUGAGUUGCUGUCAAACCCGGUGCUCUAUGCCCCAGGCCGCAGAGGAUCGAAAUACACGUACCAACUUUUUGCCAUCAAUACCAUUGAUGGAAUCUGGCAGGCGGCCGUGGUAUUUUUCGCUCCUUAUUUAGUGGGUUUUAUUCGUUUUUUGUUUGCUUGA